CUAUAUAUCUCACAUGCUUUCCCUUCAAAACAGCAAGAUUCAUAUUCUUCCACUCAAACUCCCUCUCUCUUCUCUUGCUUUCUCUCUCUCUCACACAUUCAAAACUCCAUGCGCUUAUCUCUAUAGUUAUCUAAGUCUAACAACUUGGCUUUUAUUACCACCUGAUUUGUCACUUCUUAGAAUAAAAUGGGAAAUUGUCUUGAUCUUUGUAAACCCAGUUCAGGGUCUUGCAUGGCAAAAAAAGUUAAAGUCGUGAGAGUAGCCAAGCCAGAUGGUAAGAUAUUAGAGUUUAGCAUACCAAUCCAUGUCAAAGAUAUCUUGACAAAUUAUCCAGAUUAUUGUGUUGGUGUUUCAAAGGAAGUCACAGAAUCUCUCUCACCAGAUCAUGAACUGAAGGCAGGAAGAUUGUACUACUUGCUUCCCUCCUUGCAUACCCCUCCAAAUCUUAAAUCUCUAAAGACAGGUGGGGGGGUAAAGAGGAUCAAAGUUGUGAUAACUAAGCAGCAGCUUGAGCAGUUAGUGACCAAACAGAUCUCAGUGGAGGAUAUACUAUCAGAGGCUCAAACGGUCGGUGUCAACUUUCCAAGCAAUCGGAAGCCAAAAUUGGACUCUAUACCCGAAGAAAAUGAGUAGCAUAUAAGAUACUGGUUUCUCUUUCUCAAUUUUCUGGCUGUGUAACCUUUCCCUUUGUUAUUGUUCCUUCUUUCUUUUGUUGUUAUAGGACUCUUGGCCGUUGUGGUAAUGCUUUACCUUUUUUAAGGAAGUUUGAUUGUAAGGACUGAAAGAUAUGGAACAUGUAAAGACAGACAUAGAACUUAGUAUAGAUAAGGGUAGUUUCCAAAUUUUGCAUUACCUUGGCAUUGAUAGUUUCUUAUUAACUUGUGUCUCACAGAUUAGUUAGUUGUGUAGUUCUGACUUUCUUUACAACUAGGAAUAAAAAAUUUCAAACUUUCUA